CCGGAAGUGGCUUCCCAUCGGAAGAGGAUCGAAAACGGACCGGUGCCGGAUGUUGCUGUCCGUUCUGAGCGGGGUCGGCUGUGGCGGGGAGGCGGGCCGCGCAGGCGCAGAGGCCCUGGGCCACGCCGGCUGAGGAGCCUCAGAGCGGGAUGCGGUGACGCCCCUGAGCGACCAUGGCGGCGGCCGACGAGCUGGCCUUCCACGAGUUCGAGGAAGCUUCUAAUCUGCUGGCCGAGACCCCAGAUGCGGCCACGGCCAGUGGAAGCGAUCAGCUGACCCCGCAAGGGCACGUGGCAGUGGUGGUGGACUCGGGUGGCAGCUAUGGGGCUGAGGAGGAGGCCGAGGAGAGUGACAGGACAGCGCUUCUGCAGGAGGAGAAGCAGCAGCCGGGAUUCUGGACCUUUGGCUACUAUCAGAGUUUCUUUGACGUGGACACAUCCCAGGUCCUGGACCGAAUCCGAGGCUCACUGCUGCCCCGGCCUGGCCACAACUUUGUGCGGCACCAUCUGCGGAAUCGGCCGGACCUGUAUGGCCCCUUCUGGAUCUGUGCCACGCUGGCUUUCGUCUUGGCCGUCACUGGCAACCUGACCCUGGUGCUGGCCCAGAGGAGAGACCCCUCCAUCCACUACAGCCCCCAGUUCCACAAGGUGACCGUGGCCGGCGUCACCAUCUACUGCUACGUUUGGCUGGUGCCGCUGGCGCUGUGGGGCUUCCUGCGGUGGCGGAAGGGGGUCCGGGAGCGCCUGGGGCCUUACACCUUCCUGGAGACCGUGUGCGUCUAUGGCUACUCCCUCUUCGUCUUCAUCCCCACCGUGGUCCUGUGGCUCAUCCCCGUCCCGUGGCUGCAGUGGCUCUUUGGGGCCCUGGCCCUGGCCCUGUCGGCUGCUUCCCUGGUGUUCACCCUCUGGCCGGUCGUCCGAGAGGACACCAGGUUGGUGGCCGCGGUGCUGCUCUCGACUGUCGUGCUACUCCACGCCCUCCUGGCAGUGGGCUGCAAGUUCUACUUCUUCCGGCCGCUGCCUCUGGAGCACCUGGCGCCUCCGCUCCAGGCCUCGUCUCUGCCCCCAAAGCUGCUGCCGCCGCCCACCCCAAGGGCCAAGGCAACCUAGAAGGCCCGAGCCCGCAGGCCCACCAUGAGGGGACACCUCGGCCUGCCCUGCCCCUCGGACGAUGACUGAAGGCUCCCUUGACACCUCGAGACCACUCUGCUACUUUCCAGACUUUUCUUACAAAGCAAACACUUUUAUUUUCUAUGCAAA